AUGAGGAACAAUCCAAGAGCAGUGUUACUGGGCUGGGGUUCAUUGGCCGGUUGUGCCCUGGGAGGAUACCUAUUUGCCAAACAUUAUACCAACACCAAGCUCAGAAAGUACUCUGAUGAAGGAGGAUUUGGCAACACCAAUGCGUCUUCAUCGGCCGAGAGGGAGCCAGGACAACGAUCCGUCAACCGACGGUUGUAA